AUGGCCGAGCGCGCAUUCCGCUUCCGUGACGGCGUCGCAAUCGCCCAGAUCGCCGUCUUCUCCGUCUUCCUCGUCUUGGGCAUCCUCUUCAAGGUCCAAAAGAGAAUGGGCUGGUUCGGCAUCUCCUUCAUCUCAAUAAUACGCGUCGUCGGCGCGGGCUGCAUGCUCGGCACUAUGUUCAACGACUCAAGGGGCCUCUGGGCAACCAUCUUUGUCUGCGAGUCUUUAGGACUUGUGCUUCUUACGUUUGUGUUGCUGGAUCUAUUAAAGAGAGUAAACAACUUCGUUCAGGUCCUCACGCCGUGGCACUUCCGCAUUCCGGAGCUCAUCUGCUGGGCUGGCCUCGCCAUAUCCAUCGCCGACUACGUUGUCGCCAGUAAGAAGACGGAGAACGCCAUGGCGCCUGGGUCGCUGACCAAAGCCGGGGUGGGCCUCUUUGCCGCGCUCUACUUCUGGGGUGUCCUCCUUUACGUCUGGCUGGCGCAGAAGUGGAAACUGGUCCCCGAAGGCGAGCAGAGGUCCAUGAUCGGCUUCGGCACAUCUUUCCCCUUCAUGGUCGUUCGCAUCGCGUAUACGAUCUCGUACGUUAGCACCGGAGACGAUAAGUUCAGCGCUGUGAAGGGGGAUACGGCGACGUAUCUCGGCAUGACCGUCUUGAUGGAGUUUGCUAUUCUGGGCGUUGUGGUAUGGACUAUUAUGGGUCUGGAAAGACUUCAUGUGCAUGAGAAGGUUGGGCAGGGCGAAGAUAAAGGGGCCAGCAUGGAUGAAUUGGUUGGGCCUAAGCCAAGAAGUAGCGGGGAGGAGGUGAAUACAGCGUAUGGAGAGCGGAGGGUAUAG